CUGAGGAUGGUUCUUCUGGGUAAAACUGGAUCAGGAAAAAGUGCAACAGGAAACACCAUCCUGGGCAGAAAGGCUUUUGAAGUUGUUGAUUUCAUGAAAUCAGCCAAUAAACUCUGUGAGAAACAGGGAGGAGUGGUGGAUGGAAAACACGUCUCUAUAAUUGACACUCCAGGACUGUUUAACACAGCUAUGGAUAAACAACGAGUGAAGACUGAAAUAGAAAGGUGUGUAGAGAUGUCCUCUCCUGGUCCUCAUGUGUUUCUGCUGGUGCUAAAGCUGGGUGUGAGAUUCACAGAAGAAGAGAGAGAAGCAGUGAAAUGGAUUCAGGAGAACUUUGGAGAAGAAGCUUUGCGCCGUACCAUCAUUCUGUUCACUCACGCUGAUCUGCUGAAGGGAAAACCUCUGGACGAGUACAUUGAGAAAAGCAAAUAUUUACUGAAAAUUGUUGACAACUGUGGUGGCAGAUAUCACUCAUUCAACAAUGAAGACAAAAACCAUCAAGAUCAGGUCACAGAACUGCUGAAGAAGAUCAACUCAAUGAUGAAGAAAAAUGAAAUGAUGCAUUACACUUUUGAGAUGUUUAAAACCACUCAGAUGAAGAAGGAAGGAAAAUGGGCAAAGAUUGAAUGGACAGUUGCAGUGCUAGGGAUUGGAUUUCUAGGAACAGUGACAAUAGCAGGCAUGAUAAUGGCUGGCAGAACAGCUGCAGAAAGUGCAAAAGCGACUACAGAAGCAACAAAAGAAAAAGCAGUAGCAGCUGUAGAACAAGUAGUAAAAACGGCAGGAGAAACAGUUUCAAAAAAAGCAGUAGCAGCUGUAGAACUAGCAGUAAAAACGGCAGGAGAUGCAGUUACAAAAAGAGCAGCAACAACUGUAGAAAAAGCAGUAGAAACGGCAGCAGAAGCAGUUAGAAAAGAAGUUACAGCAACUGUAGAAAAAGCAGUAAAAACUUCAGGAGAAGCGGUUACAAAAAAAGCAAUAGAAACUGUAGAAAAAACAGUAGAAAUUGCCGGGGAAGCAGUUACAAAAAAAGCAGCAGAAACGGUAGAAAAAGCAGUAGAAACAGCAGGAGAAGCAGUUGCAAACACAGCAGUAGCAGCUGUAGAAAGUGCAGCAGCGACAGCAAAAGGAGUAGUUACAGGUCUGGCAGCAGUAGCAGCAGCAGCAGCAGCCAGAUCUGCAGCAGCUGCAGGGAAACUGGCCUCAUCAGGAAGAGUAGCUGCAGUAGCUGCUUUAGCAGCAGCAUUUGGAGGAGCAGCUGUUACACUAAUAUCAGCACUGAAACGGUAA